GCCAGCAGCCAGCCGCAGUUGUUCGAGAUCCCAAUCCUGGGGGACCUGAGAUAUACCUUGGACGGCGUUGGAAAUGGUCUGGUCAACUUGGGCGAUGCAUCAUGCGCCGAGCUACACCCUGCUAGCCAGCGGGGGUAGACGCAGGCGCAGUCUGUGGAAACUUUUCAGAACGCCACUGAUCUUGAUCCUAGUCACCUUGGUCGGCCUCUGGCUCAUGGUGCGGAUUCUUUGGCGAAGAGGAAGUAUCCCUGCCAGUUUGUCGCUAUAUCCUGACGCCGAAAUGAUCAGAGGCAAUGUCACUGUGCCCUAUGAUCCCCACGAUCGCCUCUUCAGCCCUCCACUGAGCACCCGAGGCCGCGACAUCAUCGACAAGGAUGGCAAGCGUGUCAAGCUCGUCUCGGUGAACUGGUACGGGGCCAGUGACAUAUAUAUGGUACCCGGUGGCUUGGACGUCCAGAAUCGAACCAAGAUUGCCCGUAUCAUUCGUCAGCUUGGAUUCAACAGCGUCCGACUACCAUAUGCCGACGAGGUUGUUCGCAAGAAUCCCAUCAUCGAACCCGAGCUUCUGAGCGCCAAUGAAGACCUCAUUGGGUCCCGCGCGUUGGAUGUCUACGCUGCGGUCGUUCGCACCCUGACCGAAACAGGGCUGGCGGUCAUCAUCAACAAUCAUAUCACCCAAGCGAGAUGGUGCUGUGAUGGCUAUCCCUGUGACAUGGGAUGGUCAAAUAGCGACCUCGGACCCUUAUGUCCUGUCCGGCAGAGUGAGGAAGAUUGGAUUCAAGAUCUCAUAAUAGUGAUGGAACCGCACAUCAACGAUCCGUUGGUCGUUGGCGUGGACCUGCGUAACGAGGUUCGUGGCUUUGCGGGCAGAUUCAUGUGGGAUUCAUGGGCAACGGCCGCCGAACAUGCGUCAGAACGGCUACACCGACUUGAACCCGGAUGGUUGAUGAUCGUGGAGGGUGUUCAGUCCGCCAACGAUAUUAGGGGUGCCCUGGAUCGGCCUGUUCGCCUGAAGCAGCGAAACAAGUUGGUAUAUUCGUCACAUGUAUAUGGAUGGUCGGGAUGGGGCUCUCUGGUGCCGUAUUGGUACCGAACAUACAAGUCUUUCGCUGAUGACAUGGACAAGAACUGGGAGUACCUCCGACAAACCGAUACGGCUCCUGUUUGGGUUGGUGAGAUAGGGGCUCCAAAUUCGCCAUCGAGACGAGAUUACCAUUACUGGAGGAAUAUCAUGAAGUAUUUGAGAGAGUGUGACGCAGAUUUUGCAUACUGGGCAAUCAACCCUCGCAAGCCGAAGAGUGAUGCUACCGAGACGUAUGGCCUUUUGCAGGACGACUGGCAGACACCGGUUUAUGACUACAGGCUGCUGGAUAUGGCUGGGCUGAGGCAGAAAUAGACUUGGACAUGUGCAGUGCCAGCCCGAGGAUCAUUGACUGAG